AUGGAAACGCAUAUCGAACAAACCCCUGUUGGAGAGCGCCAAGGCAACCACGCUGAGGGUGCCAUCGAACGCAUCCGACAGCUAACAGGGACCAUGUUGGCUGAGCUUGAGGAUCGAUUGAAAAUCCAAAUCAAGACGUUCGACCCGCUGCAUCACUGGUGCUGGCGCCACGCCAGCUGGACUCUCCAGCUUUUUGGUGUCACACAAAACCUAACGCCGUGGGAGAGAGUGCAUGCAUCCCCAUAUGGAGGCAAACUUGUCCGUUUCGCAGAGUGCGUCCUGGCACGCGUGAAAACUGCCACAAAGGGCAAACCACGGUGGCUUCGGGCCAUGUGGCUGGGCAAAUCAGAUGUUUCUGAUUGUCACCUGUUUGCACUUCAUCAGGUCGUCUUGUGGUUGCUAGAUCUGUCCGACGCACCACGUGUGUCGGAGCAAGCCGAAAUCAACUUCAACCAAAGCCUGUUACAGGAGAAGGUCCGGGCAGUAUUCAGUCAGGCGGUUGCCGGCCUAAUCUACAACCUGUGCAGGAACAUUCACAACCUUCCAGACUUCCAUCACGUGCAGCUGCAGCACCUCCCGAGAGAUAGUCAGGAGUCCAAGCGUCAGAGGAUCCGUGCAGUGAAUGCCCAUCACCACAACGACGAGGUUGUUCACCUUGAGGACCUAGAACUUGACUCAGAUGCUGAUCUCAGCGAGUCAGUUGAGGAUCCACCCGCUUGGAAUGCAUCCGACAACUUUGAGGAUGCAGGAAACAUCCCUGAGGAGUUGUGGAGGCCGUCUGGGGCCGGUGAGCCUCAGCUCUCGACUGAAGAAUUGGAAGCAUUCGAGUUAGCCCGACUCGAAGCCAUGUGUUUGCACCUGCCUCGUCUAAUGCGCUGCUACGAGUCCUGCCGGCUUGUCGCACGGCAGCCAGAGCAUUGGACAGCGCUAUCCUUAGAUGUCGCAGAUGCCUACCUCACGGUUCCGCAAGCCGUGGACACCGUAGUAUCCAUUUGGGUGCGAGGUGAACAAAGGCGCUAUAGACUCCUUAGAAACCUUCCAGGUCAGCGUUCAGGUGCCAAGGACUGGUCUGAAGCAUUCCAGUCAUACUUGAUAGAGAAGCUGGCCAUUGAGCCGCUUGCAGAAGCUCCAGCCCUGUUCUUCAUUCCUGGGAGUUCAGAUGAGGGCUAUGGCGGGGGAGGCGGGGGUCUGUGCCAUGUUGAUGACCUUUUCGCAGUUGGAGCCGAUCCAACAACGCAAAGGCUUAGCGAAUGUGUGAGGGCCAAGUACCGAUGCACGAUUUCCUUCUUGAAGCAGCCUGGUGAUGAGAUCAACUUCUUGAAGAGGAAGCACAAGUGGGCAUUGAGUGACGUGCUAGCCAUCAUGCCCAACCCGAAGCAUGUAGAAGGUCUUGCUGUGUUGCUUGGUGUUUGUGCGCAACGUCCUAGGGACAGUCCCUUGCCCACAGGCGGAACCCUUCCGCUGUGGAUACAGCUUGCGCCCCUUGACGAUGUCAGGUCAGGGAUCUACAGAAUGUGCAUCGGGGUACUUCUGUAUGUGUCCAGCGAUUAUCCUGCAGCCCAGUUUGGCGUAAAGACGCUAAGCAGCAUGUGUGGGAAGCCAAACGAAGGGGCAUGGCGAUGCCUCAGGCAUCUGGUGAACUAUAUGUUCUUGCCUUCGGACUGA